CCGAACUGAACAGCCAAACACGGCUCUUUAGAAAUUUAGAAACAAAAAUAUUCUAUAUUUUUUUCUUUUCUUCCGCAAUAUCUUUAUUGGAACACACUAAAAUAAAUGGCGGCAUCUUCUAGAAAAUCUAGUGGACCGGUUCUCCGAUCACUUUCACCAUCCGGCCGAUUCAGUUCUCUCUACGCUUCACAGUCUCCAUCUUCUUCUUCCUCGGCCUUUGCGUAUUCGAGUUCAAGCUUCUCUUCACGCUCUUCAACCUUUUUUAAUCAACAAAGAUCUAUUUCUCCUCCGCGUGUCAAUCUCUAUAAACACUCUUCAUCUUCGCCGUCCGUGAGGUUCUCGCUUGAUAACCGUCCGAUUUCCCCGAACCGGUUUUCGGCUGUCGGUAGAAAUACCGAGGCGUUAAAGAAUUUACAGAGCAAGCAGCCAAAGCGUACUUGUAUGUGCUCUCCUACGACGCAUCCUGGAUCUUUCCGUUGCAGCCUUCAUAAGAGUUUCAAUAAUCCGCACUCGGCGUCCGGUUAUGCUCCUAGUAAUCGGCUUAACGCGCGUAGAUCUGCGAUGACGAACUCGUUAGUUAGAAUUGGAGGAGUCGAAGGAGAUUUGGUUAGGAGAGCUUUGUCGGCGUUGAUUAGACCAUCCUCUCACCAGCAGCGUCGUCGUGCAGCUUUUCAGCCUAGGCCAAGCCGGCUCUCCGUGAUGUCUAAAGCCGAUGAUUAAUGAUUGUUCCUUUUGUGGUAUGUCAAAUUUUUUACGAGGUUUUUGGGUAAGUCUCUGAGAUUUUCCGGUUAUUGGAAGUCGAGCUUUGUAGUAGCGGCGAAAAUAUUGGCGGUGGAGUUGGAAUCCGGCGAUGAUGUUGGAGAUCUUGAGAAUGGGGUCAUGGACCUGGGGCAGAUUUGGUUGCUAGUACUCCGGGUGACCCAAACUUUUGAAUCAGAUCAUCAUAUUACAUAUACUUUAUUAGUGUAAAUACACAUAUAUUUGCAGCCAAUGGCAAAUUUGAGGAAGUUUUGGACAAAAAAAUCGUGACAAAA